CCCUCUCUGCGCCGGGACCGGCCGCCUUGGCCCCUCCGCGCUGCCGUCUUUUCCGGCAGUUGGGGCGCUUCCUGUUGUUCUCACCCUCAACCGGCCCUGGUCCCCUACCCCAGAGGAUCUCCCCGUCCCCUCCCCUCCGCGGGCCGGCUGGCUGCCGCCCUGUCCGCGCGUCCAGACCUCGACCGUCCGGCGCCUGCGGCUGUCUGCCCGCCGCCAGCCCCGCCGCCCUCGGGGCGCUGCAGCCAUGGCAAUGACCGGCUCAACAUCUUGCUCGUCCAUGAGUAAUCACACAAAAGAAAGGGUGACAAUGACCAAAGUGACCCUGGAGAAUUUUUAUAGCAAUCUUAUCGCUCAACAUGAAGAACGAGAAAUGAGACAGAAGAAGUUAGAAAAAGUGAUGGAAGAAGAAGGCCUGAAGGAUGAAGAGAAACGACUCAGGCGAUCAGCUCAUGCUCGGAAGGAAACAGAGUUUCUUCGUUUGAAGAGGACAAGACUUGGAUUGGAAGAUUUCGAGUCCUUAAAAGUAAUAGGCAGAGGAGCAUUUGGUGAGGUUCGGCUUGUUCAGAAGAAAGAUACAGGGCAUGUGUAUGCAAUGAAAAUACUCCGUAAAGCAGAUAUGCUUGAAAAAGAGCAGGUUGGCCACAUUCGUGCGGAGCGUGACAUUCUAGUGGAGGCAGACAGUUUGUGGGUUGUGAAAAUGUUCUAUAGUUUUCAGGAUAAGCUAAACCUCUACCUAAUCAUGGAGUUCCUGCCUGGAGGGGACAUGAUGACCCUCCUGAUGAAAAAAGAUACUUUGACAGAGGAGGAGACUCAGUUUUAUAUAGCAGAGACAGUGUUAGCCAUAGACUCCAUUCACCAGCUUGGAUUCAUCCACAGAGACAUCAAACCAGACAACCUUCUCCUGGACAGCAAGGGCCAUGUGAAACUUUCUGAUUUUGGCCUUUGCACAGGCCUAAAGAAAGCACACAGGACAGAAUUUUAUAGGAAUUUGAACCACAGCCUUCCCAGUGAUUUCACUUUCCAGAACAUGAAUUCCAAAAGGAAAGCAGAAACCUGGAAAAGAAAUAGACGUCAGCUAGCCUUCUCCACAGUAGGGACGCCUGACUACAUUGCUCCCGAGGUGUUCAUGCAGACCGGGUACAACAAGCUCUGUGAUUGGUGGUCGCUUGGCGUGAUCAUGUAUGAGAUGCUCAUUGGCUACCCACCUUUCUGUUCUGAGACCCCUCAAGAGACAUAUAAGAAGGUGAUGAACUGGAAAGAAACUCUGACUUUCCCUCCAGAAGUUCCUAUCUCUGAGAAAGCCAAGGAUCUGAUUUUGAGAUUCUGCUGUGAAUGGGAACAUAGGAUUGGAGCCCCUGGAGUUGAGGAAAUCAAAAGUAAUUCUUUUUUUGAAGGUGUUGACUGGGAACACAUCAGAGAGAGACCUGCUGCAAUAUCUAUUGAAAUCAAAAGCAUUGACGAUACCUCAAACUUCGAUGAGUUUCCAGAAUCUGAUAUUCUUAAGCCAACAGUGGCAACAAGUAAUCACCCUGAGACUGACUACAAGAACAAGGACUGGGUCUUCAUCAAUUACACAUACAAGCGCUUUGAGGGCCUGACUGCGCGGGGGGCAAUACCUUCCUACAUGAAAGCAGCAAAAUAGUGCCCUUGGAUGGAACCCUGCGUGGAGCAGAGUUCUGUGUACACGUCCCGGUGUUCCUCGCACACACUUUUGAAAGAGCUUCCAAGAAGCUUAUGGAACCCACCCGUAUGUCCCGGAAACGUGGCUGAAAUGUGACAGUGAGUGGAUUCUCUUCAUAAUGCAUCUGAAGCUGUAGAACAAUGCCAGCCAGUUCCACCACGUCGGCCAUAAGCAGCUUCAGAAGCGUCACGAGCCAAUUUGAUAGAUUUUUUUUUU